AACAACAAAACCACGUUGACUAAGUAAUGAAACUUUCCGAACUUUUCUGGCUGCAKAAGAGACUUUUUCAUUGUUGUUCUUAGGUAAUGGGACGACAUGAGAAGUCCAUUUGGACUGACACAGAAGGACAAGACCCUGAUUAAUGCCAAGAAGUCAUGUGGAUCUAGUGUUGACCUCCGUGGACAUCACUUGUGUCUUCUCCCUUGUGCUGUUAUCCAGAAACCAUUACUCAACACACUACAGUACUUGGAGUUAAGCUACAAUGACUUUACACAAAUACCAAAAGAARUCUGCUUACUGGUCAACCUAAGAGAACUCUAUAUUCAGCAUAACAAAGUCAAAUGUAUUCCAGAUGAAUUGAGUUGCCUUGGUCAGCUUAAGAGACUUGGUCUUGCACAUAACAAAAUCAGUAGUAUACCUCAAGUAUUCAGCAGGCUUCUUGAACUGGAAUGGCUUAAUAUUUCUGGGAAUGAGGUUGAUGAAAUCCCUCUGUUCAUUGUCUGCCUUCCUAAGCUAACCAGUCUUCGCUUGAUAUGUAAUCCAAUUGGAAAUGUACCAAGGGAAGUUUAUAUUGAAGGUCUUAAGGCCCUSAGGGAGUACUUUAAUGUUGACAUUAGUAUCCAUGAAGAGUGUAAUGAUGAUGGUAGUACAUGUCAAACCAACAGUGUUUCAAGAAGAUUGUUGAGCAAUGAGAAGCAAAUUCCAAAUCCUCCCAAUAUCCAGUACAAAGAUACCAUCAAAACACCUGAUGAAUGCUCACUAAGGGAGGAUAGCUUCUCUGUAAGGCACUUGCAAGUGGUUUCAGAAGUGGAGAAGUCACAGAAAUGUGAGUUGCAGCUGAUAAGGGACUUGAAGGAAAAACUUAAAAUCAGCCAAGAGAUGCGUAGAAUGAAUAUUGAUUACYUGAGACAACGGCCCAUCAAAAGAACAUCUUUUACAAGGUCCAGGAGGAUUUCYGAUCUUAGUCUUGACUCAGGGAUCAGGGAUAAUUACAACCGGCAUAUGGAGACAAGUGAAUAUGGUUCAAUAUCAGCAUUUACUUUACCAUAUCCUGAUGAUGACUGCAGUGAGAACAGUACAGACAGUAUUAUUAGUUUACAAGCAUCCAUAGCUUGCAGUGAUUAUUCUGACUUCAGUGAUACUGASUUACCUCCUCCAAGCACGCGCCACAUCACAUGUGGAGACAUCUGCGUCAUCAUCCCAGAAUGUAAUSUCUCUGGUCAUUUCCAGUCCGAGUUCUUCCUUGAAAUCAUCCAGGAUCUUUCUUAUGAGCCACCUUUAAAAGCACGUGAGGCAUUGGCUAGUGAGAUAUUAAUGAUGGAACCUCAUGGUGCAUUGUUUUACAAGUCAGAUCCAGCUGUCAUUAGUAUGCCAUAUGAUGUUCAAGUCAUGUGUAAAGAACAGAUUGUAUGUUGGUGUAGUGAUACAGGAAUAGGUGAAAAACCAAAAUGGAAACCCAUGGAGAAGUCAUCAUACACAGUUCAUGAAAACCGUGUAGAAAUCAGAGCCCAGCAUUUCAGUCUUUUUGCUGUCAUUGCACACAAGCAGUAUCCAAGUGCACAGRGGCUUAUUAAGAAAGGAAUUGGAGGAUGUCUAUAUGUCAAAGAAGUUCCUGGUGUAGAAGUGAACUUCCCUGAGACUUCAUUACUGUAUGACAUUGAGGCAUCUAUCAAAGUGCUGUAUUCUGAUGAUCCUUAUGAUGUUGACCAUAGUGACCCUAAUUCCCAUGCAUUAGCCGCACCAGUAGUUGAACUUGGUCCUCAUGGUUGUGAGUUUGACAUGUCAAGUAAUGAUCUUGUAACAGUGCGACUACCCUUACCUAAUGGCAACGACAUCAUUGAGAUGUAUGGYGACAGGAAGCUUACAUUCUGGUACAGCUCAACACUUGAAAAUGAAGAACUUAACUGGCAAGAGUUUACUCCCAAGACAUUUUCUAUUGAUGUUGAUGAUAACAGUUUGUGUUCUGUGUAYUUCUCUGUGGAACAUUUCACAUUUUUCAGAGUAUUGUGGGAUGUUCUUGAUGCUGUUCUMUAUGAGGCCAAACUAGGUGCAUCUCACUAUCUACCAGUAUUUCAGUUCUAUGUUUCUUGCCAAGCUUUGAUGUCUGAGAGUGAGGAUGGGGUUCGAUUUGGAUUGUGCAUUUCAUGCAAUAGAUUUGGGAAGCCUUUGGAAGGCAUUGGGAAUUUCCCAAUYCCUAUUGGCAGUCACCCACCUAAAAUGAUCAGCACUGGACCCUUACUGAUAAGGGUGAUUUCAGGACUAUUUGAAGCRGAUGUAGCAGCUGGACAAGAAAACUUGAUUCAUGAAGAACACUUUACAGGGCGUCAAAUAGUUGUGCAGUUCAUCUGUAGGUUCAAGCAUAAAAGUCCUGAAUUUGGAAGCUUUGGGAGGGUAGAAAUUGAACAGCCUUCUAAUGGCAGUACACCAWUAAAUAUCUUUUCCUUCAACCUGGAUAAGCCAAGAGAUGCUGUUCAUUUUCAAAGUUCCCAUGCAUGGGAUGUUCAUCUGAGUAGAGAGCUAGCUGCUUUGGUAACGAUAUCGAACCAACGGGACAUGGGUGAUGAAGUGUGGGAGGAUAUUGCCCAUGCAUUGCGCUACACACAGGCAGAGAUAGCAAAGAUUGCAGCGAGUGCAGACCCUAUGACKGAGUUGCUGGCCAACUACAAGCGUCGUGGGGGGCAGCCGCAUGAAUUUAUCACUGCUAUGUAUAGUAUUGGUCAAUAUAAAACUUCUCCCCACAUCAUGAAGUCUGCUGGUAGUACUUUGAGCUCUGUGUCUGUAGAAUCUUCAUCAUCAAAUCCCAACCACCAACAGUGCUCAUCAUCAAAUCCCAACCACCAACAGUGCUCCUGUAGAAACAAUCGAAAGAGAAAACUUCCCGACGACAUUUCAAUGGAAGAUAAAUUUAAUGAAGUCACUGGCAAAGUAUUGGGAAAGUGGAAAGAACUUGGUAGAAUAUUGAAAGUAAAYGAGAACAAGUUGAAAGAGAUAGAGGAAGACUACAAGCAGCAAGGCGUYCGAGAGCAGGCAUAUCAGAUGCUCAUAGCUUGGAGGGAUUGCUAUCCUGAMCRUUGUUCUCUUAAUACUCUUUCCGUUGCCUUGAGUAAGAUUGGUCAUAGCUACAUUGCACGUCAAAUAUGCAUGGUUGAAAUGGGCUGACAAUACAAGGCUUUUGUAAAUUAUAUAUAUUUAUAUAGAAAUUGAAGAUAGGUUUUGUAUUUUUAAGUUUUUAAAACUUUUGACAUUUAUUACCACCUUUGUAUGUUCGUAUCAAUUCAAAUGGAACUCAGUGAAUUACAUAGUACUGGUCGAUUGUUUGUCAGCAUACAUUGCUAAUAUCUUUUCAUUCAGUGUUUUAUAAGCUUGUGGUCACACGGCAUUGAGAGCUGGUCUUUGAUCACGACCGUGUGCUAGUUUAUCACUAUGAAUGAUCACUGCAAUGUUGUCUAGUUUUAGAAUGAUAGAUAUAUAGCAGGUUUGGAAUAAAGUAAUACUAUUUAAAAAAAGA